GCACCCCCCUCCCCCCGCCGACCCACCCCUCCCCCGCCGACCCCAUCCCACCCCACCUCCUCCCCCCGCCGACCCACCCCUUCCCCCGCCGACAUUCGGCUAUUGCCGCUUCUCCAGCUGCGCUCACCAUCAUCUCUGCAAUUGGAAGGAGAAAUUCCAUUGGAAUGGUAUGUUUUUUUUUAAUGGUAGUCAUUUUUUUCAGUAGUGAUUUUUUUUAAAUGGUAGUCAUUUUUUUCGUAGUGGUAGUGUUAUUGUCGUAUUGGUAUAGUUUUUGUCGCAUUGGUAUUGAUUUUGUCGCAUUGGUAGUGAUUAAAUCUGCAAUGGUAUUGAUGUUUUGUGAAAUGGUAGUGUUUUUAUUUCUUGAAUGGUAUUGAUGUUUUGUGAAAUGGUAGUGUUUUUAUUUCUUGAAUGGUAGUUUUCGUGUAAUGGUAUAAAUUUAUUUCUGCAAUGGUAGUUUUCGUGUAAUGGUAUAGAUUUAUUUCUGCAAUGUUAUUGAUAUUUUUCAAAGUGGUAGUGUUUGUCUAAUGGAUUGGUACUGAUUUCGUUUUUUUUUUUUUUUUUUUUUUUGCAGAAAGAUUGAGAAAAAUAUGGAAAGGAAAUCUGGCUGGGGAUUACGGAAGUGAGAGAAAGAGAGAAUUUUAAUUAAUAGAUUUUUGUAACUACCUUAAAUGUAAUUUAUUAAAAAAUUAAUUAAUAUAAUUUAUUUUUUCAUACCCAAUUUACCCUUAGUAACCACGGUGAUUACUACUUUGUAGUAAUCACCGUAACCCCUCCCCUAAAAUUUUUCUCACCGGAAAACAAUAAUCCACCAAUCCAUUACCAAGCCCCCGCCUUCUACAUCUCUUAUCCAAACCCCACCCCACAGUUACAAAACCCCGCCGCAUCCGCCGACGGAAGGGUGACUACUAAUUCGUUAAACGAUGGCAGAGCAAGAAACAGAGCAGCAGCAGCAGCAUCAAUUGAUCUUCAUUCCAUUCCCAGCCGCCGGCCACCUCGUCUCCAUGGUGGAACUCGCCAAGCUACUCGUCCGCCGCCACUCCACCCUCGCCGUCUCCAUCCCCAUCGUCACCUCCCCCUCCACAGCCGCCGCCGUCACCCGCUACAUCGACUCACUCGCCCCAACCCCGCGCGUGAACCUCCUCCGCCUCCCCAAAGACGACGGCGGAGGCCAGUCAUUCCCCGCCGCCAAUUUUACCCCUAUGAUCGAGUCUCAGAAGCCCCGAGUCAGAGAGGCAGUCUCCGCCGAGCUCGCUCGCUCCGGGGCUCGACUCGCCGGCUUCGUCCUCGACAUGCUCUGCACCUCGAUGUUGGAUCUGGCGGAGGAAUUCGGCGCUCCCUCGUACAUUUACUUCACCUCCGGCGCCGCUUUCCUCCGAUUUCAGCUCCACGUCCAGGAAUCGCACGACGAGGAAGGGUUUGACGUUACCGAGUUCAAGGAAGCCGAGUUGGCUUGCCCCGGUUUGACCCGCCCGGUUCCAAGUAAGGUUAUCCCUUCCGGGUUCCUGAACAAGGAAUGGGUGGCUUUGGUAUACACAAUCACAAGGAAUUUCAGGAAAACGAAGGGUAUUCUAGUCAAUACGGUGAGGGAGUUGGAGUCGUACGCGCUCGAGUCUCUCUCCGGUGGGAUGAACGUCCCCAAGGUGUAUCCGGUCGGACCAAUUUUGAACCUGAAGGGCGAGAAGUCGCGUAGGGACGACGACGACGUGACGAUCGAAUGGUUAGACCAGCAACCAGAGUCGUCGGUGGUGUUCCUCUGCUUCGGGAGCAUGGGAGCCUUUCGUGGGGAGCAGGUUAGAGAGAUCGCCUGCGCGCUGGAGGGAAGCGGACACAGGUUUUUAUGGUCCUUGCGUCGACCUGGGGAAGGAGGACCGUGGGCUAGCCCGACGGAUUAUGAAGAUGUCAGGGAGGUUUUGCCGGAAGGGUUUCUCGACCGGACGGCGGAAGUAGGGAGGGUGAUGGGAUGGGUGCCACAGGUGGCUGUUCUGGCUCAUAAGUCGAUCGGAGGGUUCGUAUCUCACUGCGGGUGGAAUUCGACGCUGGAGAGCUUGUGGUUUGGGGUGCCGAUGGCUACAUGGCCGAUGUACGCAGAGCAACAGUUCAAUGCUUUCUUGUUGGUGGAGGAACUGGAGAUAGCCACGGAGGUUAGAAUGGACUAUCGAAGUGAGAGUGAGGAGGUCGUGUCGGCUGAGGAACUGGAGAGAGGAAUCAGAAGCUUGAUGGAGGAUUGCUCCAGGAAGGGGAGAAUGAAGGAAUUUAGUGAUCUAGUCAGGGGUGCAUUGAUAGAUGGCGGAUCUUCUUCGUCUUCCAUCGCUGAAUUUAUUGGAGAUGUGAGUAACAACGAUCUAUGAUCUUACUACUACUAGAUGUAACAAUCUCAGGUGAUUCGAAGAUCUUACUAAUACUUUGUGUCAAUCAACGGGCAUGGAAGAUAGUGGAAAGUGGAGAAACUGUGUAGCGGCUGAGGAAGUCAAGAGAGGAACCAAGAGCUUGACGGAAGCAUGGACAAGGAGAAGAUGAAGUGAUUUCGUGACAAGGUCAAUGAUGCAUUGAUAGAUGGUGGACCUUAAUCGUCUUCAAUGGCUGAACCUAAUGAAGAUAUAAGCCAGAC